GCGAGUAGCCGGACGCGGUGCGGCGCGGCCGGAGGGCGCGGACGGGGGCGGCGGGUGGGCGCGCAGGCAGGCACCGCCAGGCACCGCCCGCUCCCCAUGCACGGCCCGCCGCGGGGGGCGCUUCCCCGGUGAGGGCGGAUUCCCGCUGCCCGCCCCGUGCCCCUUCCCCGGCGCUCCGGACCCUGCCUGGCCCCUAAGAUGGCGAGCGGGAUGAAUGGCCCGGGCGGCGGCGGCGGCGGCGCGGCGGCCGGGGGCGGCGAGGAGGAGCCGGGCGCCCGCCACACGGGAGGCGGAGCCGCGCCUCAGCUGGAGCCCGGCGUGCUCGGCGCGGCGGCGGGCGAGGGGGACCCGGCGGCGGGCGAGGGCGGGCGCUGCCCGUCCCCGCAGCCCCACCACCUGCUGCAGCUGCUGCGGCGCUCGCCCAGCGCCUCGCUCUGCCCGGCGCCCGAGGCCGCCCCCGCGGCGGCCCGCACCGUGCCCGCGCCGGGCCGCGCCGGGCCGCCCCCCCCCGCGCCGGGCCGCGCCGCUCCCCCGCCCGCCGCCGGCGAGGACGUGAGGAAGUGCGGCUACCUGCGGAAGCAGAAGCACGGGCACAAGCGCUACUUCGUCCUGCGGGCCGAGAGCCACCUGGCCCCCGCCCGGCUGGAGUACUACGACAGCGAGAAGAAGUUCAAGAGCAGCCUGCGGGCGGCGGGGGCCGGCGGGCCGGCCGCGCUCUGCUGCCCCCCGCCCAAGCGGGUCAUCCCCCUGUACCAGUGCUUCACCGUCAGCCGGCGGGCGGACGCCAAGCACAAGCACAUCAUCGCCCUGUACACCAAGGAUGAGUACUUCGCCAUGCUGGCCGAGAACGAGGGCGAGCAGGAGGCCUGGUACCAGGCCAUCAGCGAGCUCAUGAGCCAGAGCAAGAGGGGCUUCCUGGAGCAGGAGGACCACGCCGAGCAGCAGGUGGAUGAGGACGACGAGCACUAUGGGGCCGCCCUGAGACCUGGCACCGUCUUCAAGGAGGUGUGGCAGGUCAACGUCAAGCCCAAAGGGCUGGGGCAGACGAAAAACCUCACCGGAGUGUACAGGUUGUGCCUCUCCAGCAAGGCCAUCCACCUUGUCAAGCUCAAUUCGGAGGUGCCCUCCGUCCACCUGCAGCUCAUGAACAUUCGCCGCUGUGGGCACUCGGAGAACUUCUUCUUCAUUGAAGUGGGCCGAUCCGCCUCCAUUGGGCCCGGAGAGCUCUGGAUGCAAGUGGACGAUUCAGUGGUUGCCCAGAACAUGCACGAGACUUUUCUGGAGACCAUGAAAGCGCUAAAGGCCUUUGCGGAGUUCAGGCCCCGGAGCAAGAGUCAGUCUUCUGGUGGUGGCAGUGGCACCAACCCCAUCUCCUUCAUCACCACUAGGAGGCACUUGGGCAACCUGCCCCCCAGCCAGACGGGCUUGCAGAGAAGAUCUAGAACUGAGAGUGUUGCUGGAGGAACGCCUCCUACCACCAAAAGCAGCAGCUCCUAUCGCUUCAGAACAUCCAGCGAAGGAGAAGGAACCAUGACUAGACCUUUUAGGUCAGUGACUGGGAGUCUGAUCCACCUGAACACUGCGAGGAUGAAUUUGGGCCGGCAAGAAGGAAGUGGAAGGUAUGUGAGAGCCGCAUUCAGCUCAUCUUACCACACCAGGUCUGCUUCGCUGCCCGUGUCUCAUUUUCCCUCCACUACAAGUCCCAUCAGUGUUUCUUCCAGCAGCGGCCAUGGUUCUGCUUCGGACAUGUUGACCAGGCCUUCUAGCUCAUCCGUCUGUGGUUCCCCAAGCGAUGGGGGAUUUAUCUCUUCUGAUGAAUAUGGCUCCAGCCCUGGAGAUUUCAGGUACUUUCGGGUCAGGAGUAACACGCCAGAUUCCCUGGGAAACACACCGCCCAUCAGAGAGGAGAACUGUCUGAGUGAGUACAUGUCCAUGAGUAAGCAACAGGCAGAUGAUAGCUCCAGAGAUGAUUAUAUGGAGGCUGAAAAGUGUUUCAGGAAAAGAACUUACUCUCUAACAAAGCCAACGUCUGUGUCGGUGCAGCAGAAGACGACACAAACUACGGCUUCAUUAGAUGAAGAUUCUGUGGGAAGUCACGGGCGAUUACUUUACUCUGACACACCAAAAUUGAGAGAUAACCAUGAAUCGGAGUACAAUGACACUAACCUUGAUUCUGUAUGUAACCAAAGUAGGAGUAAAGCCAGGGAUGAUGGGUACAUGCCAAUGAUGCCAGGAGUGGCAUCUUCUCUAGCCAGCAACAGCGACUAUCUGCCGAUGACUCCUAAAAGUAUGUCUGUUCCGAAACAGAUUAACAAUUCGUGGUCACCCUCUCAGGUUGACUCCAAAGGGUAUAUGAUGAUGUUUCCAAAGGCUAGCUCUUCACCUGUGCGAAGUCCUUUAACUGGAUUUGUUUCUAAAGGAAGUAAUGAGAAGAUCAUAAACAAUGAGUAUAUGGAUAUGUCACCUGGUAAUUCAGCUCCAAAGCACCCCGGUGAUUCGAAUUAUGUUCACACCACUUCUGUUUCCAAAGGUUUUAGUUCGUAUUUUUCUUUGCCCCGAAGCUUUAAGGCAUUGUCAGGACAAAACGGUGACCACAGUGAAUAUGUUCCGAUGUCUUCACCUGGAAAACUCUUGUAUGGUGGACCAGAAAAUGUAAAAGGGGUCAGCAGUGAGGCUCUGGCUAACGGCAUCUCUAAACUGUCGGCGGUGAAAGGUUCGGAUGAAGGACUUGUGCAGAACAGGGCUACUAGGCCCACGAGACUGCCCCUAGGUACGCGAGGGAGCAAUACUAUCCCAAGAAUGUAUGAUCGCACAGUUCCACCUGAGCCAGCGAGUCCCGGUGAAUACAUAAAUAUUGAUUUUAAUGAAAAGGCGAGUAAUACACCAUAUUCCUUAUCUGCAGAAGGAUCACCAUCGUCCCUAGGCUCGAGCAGUGACCACAGACAGUCCCCGCUUUCUGAUUACAUGAGCGUUGACUUGGAUGUACAGUCGCCGAAAGUAGCGAAGGAGCUGUCUAACUCUCUAACGGAUAUUUCAAUUUAUGCAAGUUCCAGUAUUCCUAGAAACCAACCAAAUCCUGACUAUGCUAGGCUUUCGUUUGGUACCGCUUGUGUUAGCACCGCAAGCAGCAGGACUGAUGACUACACAGAGAUGACGUUCAACAUGGCAGCGACACCGCCUCGGCCAUUUGCCGCCGAAUCUGACAACGGUGUAAAGGUUGAUAGCCCUUCUUCCAUCGUGAAUAGGCUGUGCAUUGUCGAUCGAUAUGCUGGUAGCAGUAGCUUCUCUGUUCCUAGCUCUGAACCUCCUCUGGGACCGAAAGUGAUCCGAGCCGAUCCUCAAGGCAGGAGGAGACACAGUUCCGAAACGUUCUCUUCUGCUGGGACUGUGACAACCUCCUCUUCUUUCUUUACUGACAGUAGCAAAAGACACAGCUCUGCCUCAUUUGACAAUGUUUGGUUAAAACCGGAUGAAAACAUUGCUGAUGGUCAGGAAAGCAAAAUGUCCAGGGAUACCUCAACUGGAUUUCAGAAUGGCUUAAACUACAUCGCUCUGAAUUUACGCGAUGAUCCUAUAAGCUGUGAGGCAAGUACUGCAGCACCAACUUGCCAUCUCCAAAAUGGUACUUCAGGUUUGGACAGUGGAGCUUACGUGAGCAUAGAUUUCAGCAGAUCCGAUGGUCUGAAGUGUAACGCUGCGAGAAAAGACUGACUGCAUUGCCAUGGAAACCAUUGUUGGAAGAGAAGACUUUUCUGCUGGUAACUCCAGAAACUGUGUGGUGCUUUUGGAAGCAAAGCUCAGCUCCAGCCGGCUACUUUCAUUUCCACCAGCACGGACAUAGACACACAUCCUUUUAAUUGUUUGGUUUUUUUGUUUUUGUUUUUUUUUUUUUUCCAUAGACAUCAGCUCUCUACAGUCGAAUUAAUUUGAAUUGAGAUUUUUUUUUUUUCAUAGCUGUGCUUUGGUGAUGGAAUUUGGUCUUUCAUGUCCUAUCUAUUUGGGAGGCAGUGUGAAUGCUAAUAGGACAUCCCUGUAUGCCCCUUUCUCCCUCCUGCCUCUCCCGUUAAUAUAUAUAUUUUUUUUUUAAUUUAUAUUCUGAGAAGUCAAAGCUGGUUUCUGAUUGUCUGUUUAACAUGGGUUUUGCUUCUCUGGUACAUUAACAAGUGGUUAGCUUAAAACACAUAUUGUUUAGGAAUAUUUUGGCAGUUCAGGAUUUCUGUCGGGUGGCGGGGUGGAAGGAGGGAGGGAGAGAGAGGUGCACGUUAGCUUGAGGGGUGAACCCGUGGGACUCAACGGGUCUGGGGAGAAGAGACCUCUUCUGCCUUUUUUUCCUAAUUUUUUUUUAAAAGGUUUUGCUUUUAUGGUACAAGAGGUAUUUCUUGAUCAUAGGCUAGAGUAUUUUAAAUCAAAUGUCUGUCAGAGCUUAAACUGAAUUAUUUUUUUCCGCUCAGAAUUUUGGUAUGUACAAAGUAGGAUUAAUGGGCUGGUUGUCUUGUAGAUUGUUUUUGUUCUUACCCUCAAGAUACUUGUUUAUAAAUACAAAUUGUGUAAAAUGAGGUUUUUGUUCAUGCAUUCAAAUGGAGAACUGCAGAGUCGUAUCCAGUGUCUGUGACUUCUGCGUGACACUUGUCAGCUGUAGCUUUUUAAAGGGAAACCACCCUAAUUGAUCUUACUGGCAACCUAAGUCCCGUUCUUAAUUUGGGGCUAUUUUUGUUCUUUCUUCCUGGCAUAAUGGGGAAAAAAGUAAAAUGUUGGCUCAUCAAUUGUCUUUAUCCCACUUACAGAAAUGUGAACAAUGACUAUUUGACAUUUUAAAAAUAAGCCCUGAUUUUUCUACCAUUUAAGUGCUUCACUCUUGUACUGGAUUAUUAUUAUUUUUUUUGGUUGAAAUGAGUUUAGGUUUUUAACACUGCUAUGAACUUCAAAGAGCACGACACUAGUCGUUGGUACAUGCGAUGUAUAAUAAAAGGCACUGACGAUUGGUCAAGGGUUUAGAAGUGGUACACAAAUCCUCAUGCUGUACUGCACCACACAGCUGGUAAUCCUCUACAUUGUAUAUUGUACAACUGAUUUGUCAGGCUGCCUCACCUCUAACAUACAACCUUUAAAUUGCUAGUACAGUUUGUAUAACAAAUUAGACACUGUCAACUCGGAUUGUUCAGUGAUGUGUACCCAAAUCUAUUUUUAAGUAGUAUUAAAAUGUACAUGUCACUAAAAUAUGAAGACUUUUUUUUCUUUUUUUUUUUUUUUUUUUUCCUGGAAACAUGGUACCAAUCAGUUUACUCAGUGUCUAGUGACAGGAAAAACUGUUGCUACGGGGUUUAAAAGCACAGACCUGUUUUUGAUUCUGGAGGAGAAGUUCAAGUUGGUACAGUUACUCGUUGCUGCUAAACGUACACAAAUUGAAAAUACGACCACUCUUACAGACCACGAUACUGUCUCGCCGUAUAGCUUUUGUUUGGUCUCAUAAAUUAAUAAUGCAAUACGUAGACAGCUUUUUAUAAAGCUUUACAUCUUUUCUAAGAAAUCAAAAUUUGGAUGAAGAUAGUUCUAAACAUUUAAUGUGAAAGGAAAAGGUUGUUUUGAAGAAAUUUGUUACAUAUUUCAUAUUAGAUCCCUGAGGCUGCCAUUGUACAAUAUACAGCACUGAUUUAAUAAAUGCUGAAUAAAUAAGUAAAUGGGUAACCUCAAGUAUAGUGGUACAAAUACUAAUAGGUACGGCAUAAUAAAUAUGCAAUCUUUUUGAAUCUCUUAGUUUACAGCAACUAAUUUAUUCAGUAUUGUGCUGGAAGAACAUUUUCAGAUGAUGUAAAACAUAUCACUAUAUAUACUACCUUCCAGCUACCCGUUUAUGCUGCUGUAUAGUACAAAAAUACCAAUGAUAGAACAAUGUUUGUCCUGUAAAUUUAAUUUGAUAUUGGACAGUUAUUGUCUGUACAAACUAAAACAUAUAUGGUUGAAACUGUUCAUUAUAUUUGCUAUUUCUGCUUCACAGAUCUGUUUUAAAGUUGAGCUGAUUGAUCUGGCUUUGUCUUCCAUUGUAAAUAUUGUUCUGUUGUUUUCUUUGUAAAACACAUCGCGUUUGCGGUUUUGGGAGACUGGCUUGAAGCUCUGUAUAGUGUUUAUAUUUAUCUGACUUGGCUUUCCAUAGAGCUACUUGCAGUAAAUACGUGUUCAUGUA